AUGGUCAACCCUCGCGCUGCAGGCAGUCUCUCGAGAAAGAUCCGCAUCACUGUCGUCGCCGCCGAUGGCCUGGCAAAGCGCGAUGUCUUCCGUUUGCCAGACCCGUUCGCCAUCGUGACCGUCGACGGAGAGCAGACUCACUCGACCUCGGUCAUCAAAAAGACGCUCAACCCGUACUGGAACGAUAGUUUCGAUGUCAACGUCACCGACUCCUCCGUCAUCGCCGUGCAGAUCUUUGAUCAGAAGAAGUUCAAGAAGCGCGACCAAGGCUUCCUCGGCGUCAUCAACAUUCGCGUCGCUGAUGUCCUCGACCUCGAGCUCGGUGGAAAGCGUCUGCUCAACAAGGAGCUCAAAAAAUCCAACGACAACCUCGUCGUCCACGGCAAGCUCAUCAUCGACCUCAACACCAAUGUCUCGACCCCCAUCAACAACAAUUCGUCCGCCGGUCCCACCAACCUUCUCGUCCCCGGCGCCUCCAACGCCUCGUCGGCCUCGCUUUCCACGCCAGCUUCCCCUGGCGCUACUCGCACGGACACCCGUCCAUCCACCGCUACCAGUGGUACCGCUGCACCCGCUGCUGCCGCGAUCGCUGCUGCUGCCGCUACUUCCUCUGCCUCCACCAACGGUGACUCCUCUAGCCGACCCACGUCCACCGUCGACCCCGCAGGCUCGUCCGCUCUCGGAUCUUCCACAGCGGCUUCUUCCACGACUCCGGCUGCCACUUCCGCUGCCACAAGUGAAGCGAGGUCGUCAGCUGCCCCUGCGUCGACCACGGCCCGCGCUACCAACUCGCAGGACACGCGCUCGGACGAGUAUGGACCCCUGCCGGGUGGCUGGGAGAGGAGGACGGAUCACCUCGGACGCACUUACUACGUUGACCACAACACGCGCUCCACGACCUGGACUCGACCCUCGACCAGCUCGAGUGCCAACACGGCCGCUGCUGCUAGCAUCUCGGCAGCCGAUCGACAGAGGCAUAGCAACCGAGCUCUGGCCGAUGACUUCCUUGGCGUCAACGAUGGCGACGCCUCGCGCUCGUCUGCAACGGGCUCGGCCGUCAACAGCCCCGCCACAACGCCGGCUGCGACCAACCCUCUGCCCGCAGGCUCGAGCACCACGGCUGGCAACGGUCCCCUGCCUGCUGGAUGGGAGCAGCGUCACACGCCCGAAGGUCGCCCUUACUUUGUCGACCACAACACACGCACCACCACCUGGGUGGACCCGCGACGACAGCAGAUCCUGCGAAUCAUGGGCCCCAACGGCAGCAACCUCACCGUGCAGCCCCAGAGCGUCUCGCAGCUCGGCCCUCUUCCCAGCGGCUGGGAGAUGCGUCUCACCUCGACCGCCCGCGUCUACUUUGUGGACCACAACACCAAGACGACCACCUGGGACGACCCUCGAUUGCCCUCGAGUCUCGACCAGAACGUGCCCCAGUACAAGCGUGACUUCCGUCGCAAACUCAUCUACUUCCGAAGCCAGCCUGCGCUCCGCCCGAUCCCCGGUCAAUGCCACAUCAAGGUUCGCCGUACGCACAUUUUCGAGGACUCGUAUGCUGAGAUCAUGCGCCAGCAGCCCAACGAUCUCAAGAAGCGUCUCAUGAUCAAGUUCGAUGGCGAGGAUGGCCUGGACUACGGUGGUCUUUCGCGAGAGUUCUUCUUCCUGCUGUCGCACGAGAUGUUCAACCCCUUCUACUGUCUCUUUGAGUACAGUGCGCACGACAACUACACGCUGCAGAUCAACCCUCACUCGGGCAUCAACCCUGAGCACCUCAACUACUUCAAGUUUAUCGGCCGUGUGCUCGGCUUGGCCAUCUUCCACCGACGCUUCCUGGACGCCUACUUCAUUGUCUCGUUCUACAAGAUGAUUCUCAAGAAGAAGAUCACGCUCAGCGAUCUCGAGUCGGUCGACGCCGACUACCACCGCUCGCUGCAGUGGAUGCUGGACAACAGCAUUGAAGGCAUCGUCGAGGAGACCUUCACGGCCGUCGAGGACAAGUUCGGCGAGAUGGUCACCGUCGAACUCAAGCCUGGCGGGGAGGAGGUGGACGUGACCGACGAGAACAAGAAGGACUACGUCGAGCUCAUGACCGAGUGGCGUAUCUCGAAGCGUGUCGAGGAGCAGUUCAAGGCGUUCAUCUCGGGCUUCACCGAGCUCAUCCCGCAAGAUCUCAUCAAUGUGUUUGACGAGCGCGAGCUGGAGCUGCUCAUUGGCGGCAUGUCGGAAAUCGACUGCGACGAUUGGAAGAAGUUCACCGACUACCGUGGCUUUACCGAGCAGGACCAGGUGGUGCAGUGGUUCUGGCAGUGUGUUCGCGCAUGGCCGACCGAGAAGAAGUCGCGCCUGUUGCAGUUCGCUACUGGCACAUCGAGGAUCCCCGUCAACGGCUUCAAGGAUCUCCAAGGUUCGGAUGGGCCUCGACGCUUCACCAUCGAAAAGUCGGGCGACGUCAACCAGCUUCCCAAGUCGCAUACCUGCUUCAACCGCAUCGACUUGCCCCCUUAUCCCUCGUUCGAGACGCUCGAAAGCAAGCUCGCCCUGGCCAUCGAGGAGGGUAUGGGCUUCGGUAACGAAUAA